CAUAAUUUUUAUAACUUUGGCAGCAACUUUUAUAGAUUUAACUUUGGGUGCUAUGGUAUGGUUAAUAUAAGUGAUGAUAUAGUGAUUGAUAAAAAAAUAUCAAACCAUGAUAUGUUUUUACAAAAUCACCAAAAUUGAAAAGAAAAGAAUUUGUUGUCUUCACCCUGCAUUUUUCGUGCAUCUGCUAAUAAUUUAUUAUUGUAAAUAUCUCGGGUUCUAAGUAAUGUAUCGUGAUGAAACCCAUACCAGAUUUUAAGUUAGACUAUCCCCUAUACAACUGUGAAAACUACAUCAAAUUCCAUCCAGUAGUUUUUGUGUAAUAUAUGUGAACAAACUUACAGACAGACAAAAAUUCCAGAAAAAAUAGUUUUGACUUCUAUUACUCCCAUGGAGACUCACAUAAUUAUUUCUCUUUAAUAUCUCCUAUGUACAGACAGACAUAGCCCACGUACAGUUUUAUUUAUUAUUAUAUUUGUCAUCAUGGCUUGAAGUUUAUAAUUUUUUUGUGAGUUUUCUGCCAAAUUACAAAUUUGUCACAAUUUUAGAUACAAGUAAAAAUGAUUUUUAACAGUAAUAUGGUGUAUGAUAUUGUAUAGUAAUUAUCUUAAUUGUUUCAUGAUUACAUAGUAUUUUUUUGAUAGGUGGAUUAAGUGUAUUGUGAAUAUGUUGUGUAUUGGUAAUAAUAAUGAAUUACGCUUAUUGUGUGGUCUUCAAAAUAUGCUUACAAAUCAAAAUGAACGAAAUUUUAUGCCACCACACUCAAUACUAUUUAGUAAAGUAUUACAUGCAUUCAAUCUUUAAAAAAAUGUUUUAAAGAUGGUGUUUUUACUACGUAUAAAGUUAUUGACGUCAAGUAUUGAUAAGCACAUAUUUUCACAAGCAAAUAAUAUAGUGAUAAAUAUUCAUUUAUUUUUCAAAUAAGUAUAUAACGUUAUUGCGUAGGUUACUUACAAUCACAACUUAAGUUACUUUCUAUAAGUGCUGUGAAUAUACAAAAGCAAACUGAAUUUUUAUUAUGCAAUUGUCGAUUUUAUGAUUUUUAAUGCAUGGAUAGACCUUUUUGUACGACAAGGCUGAAUACACAAUCAAAUUAAAAAAAAAAAUUUGAAUAAAGAAUUGCCAGUUGUCAUUUUUGUUUACAUUUAAUGUGUCAUUUGUGUGUACAAUUUGUAAAUAAAUAAAAAUGCUGGAGCCAAAGAAUGUGAGGUCUGUUAAGAGUAGACAGGACACAAUAAACCAGACUGGUCUCGAUCAGAGGUACUCCCAGGGGAUAUCCAAAGUCCAGUCUCACUUUCUGGUACCGUCAGAGAAGUUAGACAGAGUUACUAGACGAGUGAUAGCCCCUUAUGCCCAAAUUGAAAGGAAAGGUCUCCGACCUUCUGAGGAUAAAGAAGGAAGGUACCUGGAUAUAAAUAGGUUUAAUGUUUUUCUGGAAGACACUGUUGAUUUGAAUUCGUUGUUCUAUGAAACUGCUAUGGUUCUCAAGACUGUUACUAAUAGUUCAGGUGUAUUCGUGUAUACUGUGGACCUGGUAAAAAACGAGAUAGUUAUGAUGCCGCAUAACACGAAGACGCCAGGCCGGCAUGAAGUUAAUAUACCAAUAGGGGAAGGUAAAGUGGCGGCGGCUCACGCGGCUGCCACCAAAGAGAACUUGCUCAUAGAGGACGUGCAGCGUGACCGACGCUUCGCCGAGGGCCUCCGCUGGAUCGACGCCAAGACCGCCCUGUGCCUGCCCGUGGUCAAACCUGAUGGGGAGUGCUACGCUGUUCUCGAACUGUAUAGGACGUAUGCUGAGCCUUAUAAUGAGGAAGUGUUGUACACGGUGAUGAGCGUGGCGUGCUGGGCGGGGGCGGCGGUGCAUCAGGCGCAGGCCAGGGUUACGCUGCAGAAGACCUCCCAUCUCAACUCCGAGCUCAGGACGCUGCUGCAGAACUACUUCUGCGACAAGGCGUCUAUUGACACCAUGCUCACGGAUAUGCUGGCCGUAGUCAAAUCCUUCAUGAGCGCCAUGAGGAGUAGCUUCUUCAUCAUCGAUAAGGAACAACUGGGUGAUUGCAUGAUAGCAGACAUGUGGGACGACGGUUGGGCUUCGGAGAAGUCUUCCAUGCCGAAGAAGAAGAUCAAAGUCAACCUAACCCUGGAGCAGACCCCAGCCGGGCUGGCGGCCCGCAGCGGCGACUUCCUCAACGUGCGCGACGCGUACAAGGACCCGCGGUUCUCGAAGGAGAUCGACCCGGCGUCCGGCACCGUGGUGCGCGCCUGCCUUGCUGCGCCCAUCGUCGACAAAAACGGUGUUAUUGGUGUCGUGCAGAUAACCAACAAGACAGACGCGGUCCCGUUCAAUGCGGAGGAUGAGGAGAUCUUCAAGGUCUUCAUCAACUACUGCUCUCUGAUCGUACACUUCCACAAUAUGCAGCAGAAUAAGAUAUUCCAUGAGAACCAGAAUAAGACUUACUCUGAGCUGGUCAGCCUCCACCUGAAGCCGUGUCGUCACGACAUCGAAGAGCUUAUGGAGACCAACGGUAUUGUGCUACCGCCAGCUAACUUCGGCAGUUACGACUACCACAUCAGCGAAGGCAACCCCGAGGAGAUGCCAGGGCUCAUCUGUUACAUGUACAUGGAGACCUUCGCCGACAGGAACUUCGAGAGGCGACAGCUGGCCGAGUUCGCCCUCACCAUACUGAGGUGUUACCGCCCGAACCCCUACCACAACGCUGAGCAUGCUUUCUGCUUCACUCACACGAUGUACCUCAUCCUGGUCAACAAUGUUGGCUACUUCGAUUUCGUUGAGACGGUAGCGCUGAUGCUGGCGGGUCUAUGCCACGACCUGGACCACCCAGGGUUCAACAACAACUUCCUGACGCUCUGCAAUCACCCGCUCGCCAAGAUGUACAAGUCUUCCAUGCUGGAGCACCAUCAUUACUUCCUCGCGAAGAAGAUUAUUGAGGACAAGAACAUCUUGGGCAAGCUGUCGCUGCUGGACCGCGAGCGCAUCAUGGAGGAGAUCAAGUACGACAUCCUCAGCACGGACCUGGCGAUGUACUUCCAGGUGCGCGCGCAGGUCGCGCCGCUCGUCGCCGACCGCUGCUUCGAGUGGACCGACAACGCUCAUCGGAGGAUGCUCAAGGGUUUAUUAAUGACGACCAGUGAUCUCUCCGGGUGCUGCAAACCAUUCGGCAUUUCGAAAAAGAUAGCAGAGUCUGUUUACGAAGAAUUCUAUAAUCAGGGUGACCGCGAACGGGAGAUGGGCUACACUCCUCUCAGCAUGAUGGACCGCCGCCGCAGCAUCAACCAGCCCGCUGAACAAAUACAGUUCCUCUCCGUCGUAGUGUUGCCAUGUCUACUGUUGCUGCACAGCAUCUUUCCUAAUACCGGGGCACUUAUAGAUAAUUGCAGAAAAACGCAAGAGUCGUGGCACACGGAGAUCGAGAUCCGCGGCCAGAAGCUGUGGCGGCAGGAGGAGUCGCUGCCGGCCGCCGCGCAGUCCCGCGUCAUCGCCAGCAACACUGACUCCCGGACUAACAUGGUCUGAUUGUGCAAUAUACAUUACUCAUUCAAACAUUGUUUUAUUUAU